AAUGUUCAAAGGAUUGCGUUCUAAAAUAGAAGACGAGGCAAAUCGUCUAAAGUCAACUGUCUCUCAAUAUGGAGAGAAUAUUGCCAAUCAAGUUCGAUCAACCGCGAGCGAGGCAGGAAGUGAUAUUAGUGGAAGGGCUCGUAAAUUCAUUGACACUGCUCAACAGCUCGAUAAGGAGGGACGUGCAAGUAGUUCGAACGCUGCGCCAGCCGAAGACUUUUUGGACCAAAUCGGCAAUAAACCUUCAAGACGCCUUUCUAACGCUUCUUUGGAAAGUGGCAACGAAAGCCUUUUAAAUGCACAAGUUGUUCCCAACAGCUUGAGAUUGUCUGCCUCUCCAUUAAAUGACAUAUCUUCGGAUACAGAAAGCAAUGCUGCAGAGAAUGCAGAUUUUGAUCAAUUGGAUGAAAUGCCUCGGGAUAAGUUGAAUGCAAUAUUCCAACGUUUUCAAGCUCGUGCAGUAAAUUAUCGACAAAAAUACAAGGAAUUGUCUAGCAUCUAUCGUGAAAUUGAGAAUGAAAAUGAAAAAUAUAAAAAUUUGCUUUCUGCAACUCAAGAAAAAGCCGCUCAGCGUAUAGCUAAACUAAAAAGCGAUAGAAGUGAAUUGCAGGAGAAGUUGAAAGCAAUUGGAAGUGGAGAAAAGGUUGAUGAACAAAGUGAAAAAAUCAAGAAGCUUCAAGACCUUCUCAUUAAAUGCAAAGAUGAAAUAACCUCAAAUCGUGGCCGUAUCACUUCAUUGAACGAUGAAAAUGAACAUUUAAAGAAAGAAAAUUCAUCAUUGUCCUCAGAGAAUUCUUCUAAUGUUCAACGAGUCACUGCUGAAUGGAAGGGUCGUUUUGACCGACAAGAAGAGGAGUGGAACCGAAGGAUUUCUGAAUGUGAGGAAAAGGCUACAAUUGCGAUUGCUACUUCAAAAGCUGAAAUGCAUUCAGCACUUCAACAAAAAGACCAAGAACUUGAAAAUUGGAUUUCGAAAUUUCAUACAUUAGAAAAGAAAGAUGCGGAGGAAAAUACUCAAUUAAAAGAAAAACUUUCAAGUCUAGAAGAAGCAAUAUUGACACUGGAACAAGAAAAGGCAGACAUGGUCCAGAAAUUGUCUCAAGCUAAACAAGAAGGAGUUAAACUGGUCAAAGAAAGUGAAGAGCGCAGAUACAAUGACGCUCUCGCUGUCGAGCUUAAAAAACGGGAUGAAGAAUGGGGUGAUCGUUUGAAAGAAAUGGAAGACCAAAUGCAACUUUCUGUCGAAGAAAAUGAUAUGCAACGAAAGACAAGUCAUGCUGAUCAUGAACGUAUUACUAGCUCGUUGAAAGAACGAAUUGCUGAACUUGAAAAGAAUAACGCAAGCGUUUUACUUAAAUUGCACGAGCAUGAGGAAGAACUACAAGCAAAAACCGAGGAACUUUGUCGUUUAGCAAAAACCGAAACAAAUGAUACUUCUAACCAACAACAACAAAAAAUAUUUGACGACAAACUUGCUGAAGAGAAGAAGAAAAUUGUUGCUGAAUACGAAGAAAAAAUUUCGCUUAUUGAAAAGGAGAAUUUAAGGAAUAAAGAACUUACAAUUUCUGAAUUACAAAUUGAGCAUAAUAAAAAAUUAAACGAAUUGAAUGAAAAAUAUGAUAAUGAACGUGUUGAACUGCAAACAAAACUUGAAGAGACAAAGUUUCUGAAAAAUAAGGAGGAACAAGAUAAGUCUGAAACUAUCAUUAAGUCAUUGGAAGGGCAGUUGAGUGCAGCUAGAGUGACCAUUGAGAAAUUAGAAGUGGAUAUUGCACAAAUUCGUCAAGAAAAUGAGCUAAAAGACAACGAUGAAACCCGUUAUAAUGAUUUGCUUGCUACUCAACUGAGAAAAAGUGAUGAGGAAUGGAAUGUCCGUCUUAAAGAGCUCGAGGAGCAGAUAAAUCUUUCUUCCCAAGAGAAUGACCUUCUACAAAAACAAAUAGCUGAUGAUGAGCGUAUUACAAAUGAUUUAAAAGAACACAUUGAAAGCUUGGAAAAGAACAAUGAAAGCCUUCAUAAAUUGAUUGAACAAAAGAAAGAAGAAACACCAGAACAUUCUGAAAAACAACAAAAAAUAUUUGAAGAAAAACUUGAAGAGGAGAGGAAGAAAAUUAUUGAUGAAUAUACAGAAAAGAUCGCGACAAUUGAAAAAGAAAGCCUUAAAGCUCGUGAGGAUGUACUUAUCGAACAACGAAAAAUUUUUGAAGUACAACUUGCAACCGAGAAGAAACAAAUCGUCGAUGAAUAUUCAGAAAGGAUUUCAACUUUAGAGGCUAAAGAACUUUCAGUACAGCAAAAGAUUUUUGAAGAAAAACUUUCCAAUGAAAGGAAGAGAUUAAUUAAUGAAUAUUCUGAAAAGAUUUCUUUACUUGAAAAAGAGGCAAAUGAAUCUAAACAACAGGCGCUUUCAGAACAACAGAAAAUCUUCGAUGAGAGGUCUGCAGAGGAAAGAAAGAAUAUUAUUGAUGAGUACUCUGGAAGAAUUGCUGGUAUUGAGAAGGACGAUAUCGAAGUAAAGGAACGUUUAAUUUCUGAAAUUAGGAUUGAGAAUGAUAAAAAGUUGAAGGAAUUAACUGAGAAAUAUGAGAAGGAAUGUGACAUGCUUCAAAACAAGCUUUUAAAGAUCGAACCGGAAAAUCUGAAAUACAAGGAGGCAGAAUCAGCAGCACAAAUUACCAUUAAAUCCUUGGAAGAACAGUUAUAUGAAUCACAAAAAACAAUUGGAAAGUUUGAAGCUGAUAUUGUUCAACUCUGCCAAGAAAAUGCUUCAAAACUAACUGAGAAAGAAAAUGAAGUUGCUAAGAGAAUUGAAGAAAUUAAGAAAGAAUUUAUUGAAAAGAAGGCGACAGACGACCAAAAUUCCAAUAAAGAAAUUAUUUCAUUAAGGGAAGAAUUGGAGGAAUAUAAAAAUAAAUUCGAAGUACUUCAAGUUACAUCUAAACAGAACGAAUUAAAUUAUAAUGAAGCAAUUGAAGCUUUAAAUCAAUUAAAAAUUUCCUUAAAGGAAAGUAAUCAAAAAUCUGAACAUUUGGCUGCUGAACUUCUUGAGGAAAAGUCUAAAUCGAGUGAUUCUCAGUCUAAACAGGAUAUUCAAAUAAGUGAAAUGAAAGAGGCUCUUUCUUCAUGUGAACAGUUGAAAUCGCAAUUACAACUAGAAUUAAAGAAUGCAAAACUUGAACUUAGGAAACAACAACAAAAUGAAAAACUAUUGAACGACAAAACUUCUGAGUUUGAAGAGACUAACAAAAAAUUUUCUGCUUUUAAAUCUGCCAAGCUGAAUGAAAUUGAAAAUCUCAAAAAGAAAUUAACUGAGGCUGAAGAAAUUAGAUUAAAGGAAGUUACGGAAAUAAAAAAAGAGUCUGAGAAGGCAAAACAGAAAGCAAUUGCUGAUAUGAAGUCAGAAAUUAAGCAUUUGUAUGAUAGCAUUAAUGGGAAGGAUUGUGAAUUGGCUUCAACUCAUGCUGACAUUUCUAAACUCAAUGAAGAACUAGACAAAUUACGAUCAGAAUUGGAUAAACAUAAUAAUUCUGAAAGUGGACAGCAACAGCAAAAACAACGUUCUAAAGGUUCUUAUGAAGACGAUGGAGUUGUUGACCUUGACGAAUAUGUUGACUUGAAACGUCGAUUUAUUGAACAAGAAGAGGAAUUAAUAAGGCUUAAAUCUAUGACACAAAAUGGAGUUAAGAAAGACCCGCCAAAUAUCAGACGUGACAGCAAUCGAUCAUUCCAAGUGGGCGGUAGUGACCUUUUAAAUUUUGCUGAACCUACAGAAGCUGAAUAUUUACGCAAUGUACUUUACCGAUACAUGAUUGAACGUGAAUAUUUGGGCAGAGAAAGUGUGACACUUGCUAAAGUCAUCUGCACUGUUUGUAAAUUUCCACCAGAGCAACGAAACUUAGUUCUUCGCCGAGAGGAGGCUCGCUGUCAACGUUGGCUCCCAGGUUCGAUACAUGCACUUAAUUUACAUCAAAGUCAAGUUAAUCAGCGUAAUCGUCUAAAUAGUUUAAAUAAUUGGAAUAUUAGUAGUUCUGCUCUUUUACAGACAAAUAAUUCUGAUAGACCUUUAUCCAAUAUUAAUGCACUCCCAUAUUCUUAA